UUGUUAUCUUCAUUACCAGGGGCCACUAAAGACAUGGGCAAAAUGCUUGGUGGAGAGGCGGAGGCCGACCCUGAUGCCCAGAAAAAAGAGGAAGAAAGACAAGAAGCAUUGAGGCAACAAGAAGAGGAAAGAAAGGCAAAAUAUGCAAAAAUGGAAGCAGAAAGAGAAAACAUUCGACAGGGCAUCAGGGACAAGUACGGCAUCAAGAAGAAGGAGGAGAAGGAAGCCGAGGCAGCAGCUGCUAUGGAGCAAGCCUCAGAGGGCAGCCUUACACGCCCCAAAAAGGCCGUCCCCGUCGGCUGUGGUGACGAGGAAGAGGAGGAAAGCAUCGUGGAUACCGUCAUGAAAUUCAUCCCAGCCCCUCUGAUGGAUAUGUUCAAUAAAAAGUAACAGGGCUUUGUCCGCAAAUACAUUUAACUUCUUACAACUUCUUUCUAAUUAAUGCUGUACAAGCCUGUCCCACUCCAACCUGCCGUCAUGCUCUACUUCACACGCGCCCCAUCCUAUCAAACCAAAUACUAAGUGUCCUGGAAUUACGCAGCGUGCCAUGAUUUUUUCUGAGCUAAACUGGCCAAUCUUAGACCGUGAUUCAUCCAUUUGAUAUCAUAACUCUGUUAUCCUGUCUUAAAAACACCUGCACAGAUCUCUUUAUUUUAAGCUUAUCUGAUUACAUCUUUUCAUAAUUUGCUCAGAAUAAGUUUAAACAUCAUCACCUUUUUGUUUGUAAAUAGUCUCAGAAGUAUAAAAGAGUACUAUAUAUGACUUAAAAUAUCGAAGAUAACAAGAUAGCUAAGAGUAUAAGCCAUAUUUUUACCUUUUAGGAACUAAUCCAAAUCAUAUCAAAUUUGAUUAAAAUUUAAUUUAUCCUUUUACGUUCCUCCUAGUAUUUGAUACAGUGUACAUAAAUACAUUUUUAAAUCGGUUCUCCAUUGUGGCCAUUCACCCUGAUCUGAUGUUCUCCUUGAGUCACAGUGAAUGUGUAAUAUGAGCACUACUUUGUAACACGUGUAAAACAAACAGUGAAGGAUAUUUAUUUGUAAUAAAACAUAUUUUGAUUUGUUUAUUUUUAAUGCAUGCAGCUAAUACCUAUAAAGUAAUGUGCAUAUAUGGUUUCAGUUUCAUCUGUACUGAUGAAAGAGAAGAUGUUGGUAUUUUAGGCAAUAAAUAGUCCUCCAAUAUUUUUAUUUAAUUAAAACAUUUCAUUCCACUUCGCUGGACUUUAGAAGAUAACUGACUUAUUGUUAAAAAUGUUCUUCCAUGGAGAAACAGUUUUUUUUCUCCAUAUGUGAAACUUGUCUUAAAGCAGGAGGGUAAAAUUCCAUAAAUUAAAAAAAAUAAAUAAACUCACUGGUUAUAUUAUAUUUGAUUGUGGCUUACAAAAAAUUGUUUUGUGUUUGCCAGUGUUAUUUAGUCAUCUUUUAAAUCAAGACGUGUACAAGUUUAACCUGGCAGGUUAAUUUGAAGCUAAGUGUAAUAUCUAACGCCGUGUUUUUUGUGUUUUUUUAUUGUAAAAAAAAAAAAGAAGAAAUUUCACAAACGCAACUAAGUUGUGUGCACACUAUAUGUGAACAGACAGUGACAAUAGUGCAAUAUAUUGGUCAAAAUGAA